CGUACAAUAGUCUUGUAAAGAACCAGAUGUUCUGUACUGUUGAAGGCCAAGGACCACUCUCAGUCUGCAUCUCUAAACAGGCAAAAGAAUCGAAGAAAUUGAAGGAAGGGAGCAUUCAUGGCGGGUGGAGAACACGGUCACGGAGAGGGAGCCCAUGGAGACUUCAGAGCCAAGGUAUGGACUAUGACCGGUGGCCCAAACUGCAGGCCUAAGCACUGGAAGCGAAACACGGCUAUCGCCAUGGCUGGGAUCUUUCUUAUUUGCAUUCCCAUCGCUAUGAAAUCCGCAGAACUCGAGCAACGGCCUCAUCCUCCUGUUCACCCAAUUCCUUCACAGCUCUGGUGCAAGAAUUUCGGAAAUAAGGAAUACUGAUCAUACUUGGUGGUAUUAGUGGAUAGUGUUCAGACAUCCUGAAGUUGUCAAGGAAAACCAGUGUGGCAUUUAAAUUUGGUAAUUACUGUUAUCCAUGGUUGCUUUUUAGACAGUGUACGUAUGUUUGAAUCAUUGUCAUGCUCGAAUGGAGCAUCACAGUAGAUCUGUGUGUUCUUAAGAGAAUAAAUCUUGGAAAAUCAGGCAUUUUUUGGGACACUCAAUGUUUGAAUGCAUUUUUGUGAACUUCCUUCA